AUGGCGCAGUCUGGUCAUACCAACCCCCCUGCUACUCCAAAACAUCACGACGAUGACCAUAUGGCGUCGCCAAGAGAGCUCUUCUCCCCUGCUGCAAGUCACAGGCGACUUUCAAGUGGCCUCACUGGGGAGUUGGCACUCGACUCUCGGGCUGCCUGUGGAGAUUUGCUGACUGCGAAGAUGGGGAGUUUGUCUCUGACACCAUAUUCUUCAAAUUCACCCACCCCAGUUCCCCUGGGUCACUCACGUUGCCAAUAUGGAGUGGCUGGUUCACUUCUGUCCCAUCGUCGAAACUCCUCUGUGGUCGUCGGAAACCAUCUACACGAGGCUCAGAAUAUUCUCAAGGCCGUUGCGAAAGGUGGCUUGCCUGACGAGAUGCCAAUCGGCAGUCUUACCCUCCUGCAACAACCACCAGCCGCAGGCGUUAUGAAGAUCUCCAAUAUUCCCUAUUCUAUCACCAAGCAAGAGAUACUACAAUUCGUGGGACGCCAGUCUCGCCUUAGCUCGGGUCAAGCCGUCCACAUCAUAAUGGAGCGCUCAACUGCGAAGACAAUGGAUUGCUAUGUGGAAUUUGCGACACCAGGAGAUGUUGAAGAGACCGUGAAGAGAAUUGAUCGUAUCCAGGAAACUGGCCGUCCUCCUCGCUUGGGGAACAGACACGUUGAUGUCGAAAUUAGUUCUCAGGAUGCACUGCUGCGCGAUCUCUUCCCUCGUGCAAAGUGUGUCCACUGGCAGGCAGGUAUGCCCACUGUUCUCCGCAACAACGAUCCCUAUUCGACGGGUUUUGCUGGCUUCUUCACCAGCGAGGAGAUAAUCGGUGCUAUUCGUCAUGCGGAGAUGCCUCAUAGAUCUCCUUUCAGUACUAAAUGCCCUCAGCGUACUUAUGAAUCCACCAUCAGUACCCUCUACAAGUUCCCCUGGUAUGCCGUUGACCUUUACACGGUCCAUGAUCGUAACUUGCUCUUUGACUUGGUCAAUCGCCAGGUUAUGGCUCUUCUUACUCGUAUGAGUAGAGCGAAUACAGUGGGUCUGGAUCAGCGGCUCUUGAAUGACCUUCUUCGUUCCGGACUCGAAUGUCCAGGCUUCAACGAGCGCCAGAGAUAUACCAUGUGUGUCAACGCAGAGAACUUCGCUGAAUUAAAUAAACUAUCGGACAUCAGUAAAUGGUUUCCCUUUGACACCUUGGCUACUAUGCCUAACCUCGAUGAGCACACUUACAAGUUUAUUGUGGAUUUGAUCUCCAAGGGCUCGAUCCACGCCAUGUCUCACCCAGAACUCCCAAACAACUUCCCCUCGGAUAAUGUCAGCCUCAUCUCGCCCUUUGGCCCGAUCUGGUUUGAAUGGCCCGAGGAAGUUGCUAAGCGCACGCUCUGGCAGGACGCGGUCAGUCAUGAGACCAACAUCUUGUUUGAUCUUCUAUCUAGCGGAUCUAGAAACCACCAUGGAAGAAAGCUAUCUUUCGGAAGUCACAGCACUCGGAGCAGCGUCAUGUCACCAGACACAGACAGUCAGUCCCAGUACGAUGUGUUUUCACCUCCUCCGCGCCGGGCAAGUGACUCAUGGCACAUGCGCGCUUACUCUUACAGCGGCAUUGAGGACAACCCUUGGAAUUCCAGGCUACUUCUCCAUUCAGGUGGCAGAGGCCGUGAUGGUUUUCCAGGGCACCGCUUCACCAGAUCUUCUCCAGUCAAUGUACCGGUCUUCGAUGAUUGA